GUCCGGUUCUAGGCAACACUCAAUUCGAUCAGUAAUCUUCAUUGCUUACUAACCACAACGCUCGUUCCAAAUGGCUGUCAAUGUGAAGCACUCUUCCAAGACAAAGCCAAAGGCCCGCUCCAAGGCAACACCGGUGCCCCUGAGCAGCUUUCUGGCCAGCAACUGUGCCGAGCAGAGCCAAACCGACACCAUUCAGGUGACGAAGGUGUUGCGCACCGAUCUGGAUCACGAGGCACAGGAGGUGGCCAAGACAUAUGAGCUCCCCACGGCUCCGAGAGCGGUGCGAGCGCUGGAGUGCGACCAGAAUAUUCCGCUGAGGCCUCCAUAUGUGGCUUUCAUCAACAACCUGCCGUUCGAUGCAGGUGAGCAGGAGGUGCGUCAGCUGUUCAGUCAUCAUGGCAUUCGCUCCUUGCGUCUGCCCCGCGACGAUCGCUCCCAUCGGCGCACACGUGGCUUUGCCUACGUGGAGUUGGAAACGCGAGAAGAACUAAUCGCUUUGCUCAAAGAGGACGAGCCCAUUUGCCGCGGACGCCGUUUGCGCAUUGAGGUCUCCAAUGAGAACGAGCGGGCCAGGUACACGGGAGGUGGCGUUGAAGCCGGAGACAGCCGUUGGAGCCAGCGUCCUUCUAGCGCUGGUGAUGGCCCUCCACUGAUUAGGAAACUAAGCUCAGAGCUUGAUCAUGAUGUGACCAUAGAUACGGGCAGUGAGACACAAUUUCCCAUGCUGAAGUCCAAGACACACCAAUUGGAGCUAGAUACACCAGGAUCCGCCACAGAGCUUCUACCACCAAGCAGCGAGGAGCCACUCAGCGAGGAGGAGCUCCAAGAACGCAUGCACCUGCGUCUACAGAAACUGGCGGAGUUCGAGAACGCGCAGUCCUCCCAAAACUCCGACGAAGUGGACGAUGCCUAUCAGUGCUGGCGCGAUUUCUGGCAAGAUAGUCAAAGUCAUUAGUUUUUUAACACAUGCACAUACUCGUAUACCCACAAAAAAAGGGAGCCCUCGCAUGCAGCUACGACUAUAAGCGGUCGAAUGCCAUUAGGCAGGCUCAAAGGACAGACAUUUAAACUUGGCUAAUGACAUUACAUCCGUCGUAGAGUGCAUGCAAUCGGCCAAUCCAUCAGCAAUUAAAAAUAAAUAAAAAUUUUGGUUGAAA